CGCUCAAACUUACUUGCUAGUUGCUGCAUACUUGCAUUGUUUUCAUAUAAGAUAUGGUACACAUAAGGCAUUAGACUUACUCGCAUUAGUAUAAUUUCUAUCCUUUUCAGCUUCCCAUAAAAAAAGUACUCGGUAACUUGUUUGAGUUUAUAGAUCAUUUCUAUUGCAAGAGAUGCGAUAAGUUCUUCCAAACACCCUAUAUUGUAUAUAUACUCUAACUAUUAAGUCAGGUAGGAAGGAUAUUAAAAACUACUUCUCAACAAAAAAAAAAACAGAAACCCUAAAACUAGCUAUACUAUAGUGAGAAUGAUGUUGUGGUGAGACCGAUUUCAGAGUUAUGCAUACUUUAUAUUGGAGAAAUAGACUCGAAAACGGCGAGGGUAACUAGGGAGAAACAACAAUCAGAAUCUUGACCUUUCCCCUGCCUCUUCCACCUUCCUGCUUUGUUUUUUAGGAAGACGACCACCUUUCUUAUUUCUUUAAGACAAAUUCCAAACCCAAACUCGAUCUGACAGUGUUACAGUGACAACUAAUCAAGCUAAACGAGUGGUCUUCUCCAUAAUUAUAGGGGGGCAAUCAUACACAUUGGGAAUUUUUAAGUGGCAAUAAACAUCAUGAUUAAUCUCUCCAACGCUUAAAGCUCCUUUAUAAAGAAAUCUCAAGCAGGAAAAACAGGCCUAUAAUGUCCCACCACCAUUGUGUCCAUUGCACCAAAUGAAAGCCAACUCUCUUUUGGCUCCUUCCAUUUCAUCCACUAACUUCUUUUCUCUCUUUUCCUAGUCUAGAGAUUCCCCCCUCCUAAGUCAACCUUUAACAGUGUAACUAAUAUAUAAAUACUGCUAUACUGAAAUUUGGAUAAACAUUAGCCAAUAAACAAGCACUCACAAACCUUAGAUUAGCUCAGCCAUUAUGGAAAAAAUGGAUUCUGAGGAUCCUCCUUCUAUGCCUUCGACCCCGGCAACCCCAGGUACUCCUGGGGCUCCCCUCUUCGGAGGCUUUUCUGUCGAUAGGCCUAAAAAGAAGUCACUUCUCAGUAGGAGAUCCAAUUGUUUCACUGUAGAUACUUGGCCUAAUGAGGAAGGUGGCUUGCCUGCUGUGACCUGCAGCAUUACAAUGCCACCUCCCCCUGUUCCUCUAACAAAGAAGGUGGUGGCAGAGUUCGUCGGUACUCUUAUACUAAUCUGUGCGGGGGCAGCUACUGCUAUUGUGAAUCAGAAGACGGAUGGAUCAGAGACUCUAAUCGGCCUAGCUGCCUCCAGUGGCCUUGCAGUCAUGAUCAUCAUUCUCUCUACAGGCCAUAUUUCCGGUGCCCAUCUGAAUCCAUCUGUCACCAUCGCCUUUGCAGCACUGAGACAUUUUCCAUGGACUCAAGUUCCAAUAUACAUAGGAGCACAAAUGUUAGCAUCUCUAUGCGCUGCAUUUAUUCUCAAAGCAAUUUUCCACCCUAUCAUGGGUGGAGGUGUAACUGUUCCUUCAGUGAAUUAUGGUCAGGCUUUUGCAUUAGAGUUCAUCAUCGCCUUCAAUCUCAUGUUUGUCGUCACUGCAGUAGCCACCGACACAAGAGCUGUGGGAGAACUAGCUGGAAUUGCAGUGGGGGCAACUGUCAUGCUCAACAUACUUAUAGCUGGGCCUACCACAGGAGGAUCAAUGAACCCAGUGAGGACAUUGGGGCCAGCCAUAGCUGCAAAUAAUUAUAAAGGGAUAUGGAUCUACUUAACCGCCCCAUUUCUUGGGGCACUAUGUGGGGCAGGUGUCUAUUCUGCCAUCAAGCUGCCAGAGGAAGAUGAAGAUGCCCUCAAGCAGCCCUCAGCAGCAGCAAGCUUUAGAAGGUGAAUUAUUCAGAAUGAAUGAUGGUGCUUUCUAUGAGCAAAAUGACAACUAGUAUCUAGUUGAUGUGUUCAUUGUAAAUGGUGUAAUGUCAAUCGCAAAAGAAUGUGACCUAUGUGAAACUGAGAGUUGAGUUUUCUACAGUUCAUUGGAAGUUAUACAUUUCUCUUGGUGCAA